AUGUUGGGCAAUAUCUUGCCGAAAGGAAAGGCCUUUGCGCGCCUGCCCGGGAAACGGCCAUCUACAGAUGUGAGGGGCGCGUCCAGUGAGAGUGAUGGCGACUCGCUACCUGGGUAUGCGCGGCAGCAACACAUGUGGUCACCCGUGAUAUUACGCUCCGUGUCUCUGGCUGUGUUCGUGGUGCUAUUCAUAUGCUUUAUUAUUGUUAUUGAGGUGUUGUAUUCAGUAUCUACUCGGAAGGAAGGCUUGAGCACAAGUGAGGAAAGAUAUCAUUAUCUGUGGACCUAUGGCCCGACUGCAGUUCUUACGAUUGUCGCGGGGUUCUGGGGCCAGGUCGAGUAUCGAACGAAACAACUUAUGCCUUGGAAGCUCAUGAAUCAAGGACCAAAACCCGCUACACGAUCCUUGCUGCUAGAUUAUGUGUCUGAUUGGAACGUGGUCAUCCUAUUUCGCGCCCUGAAGCAAUCAUCCUGGGCUGUUGUUCUUGCCGUUCUCGGAACACUGCUCAUCAAACUAAUCACCGUGGUCUCGACUGGUCUGUUCAUGCUGCAAAAUGUCUACAUGAAGGAUGUUCCAACAACACUCACGACGCAAGCGAGCUUUGACGGUGCUGGGUAUAAUGGUGUCAAGGUCGAUGGAACGGCGGCAAUGGUUGUAGCUGGGGCUUGGUGGCUUAACCUGUCACAUCCGUUGGGAUCGACCGAUAAAUACGCCUUCCAACCGUUCACAACCUCCGGCAAGAAACUCGGUGCCGAUGCUGUCAUUUCAGGAACAGUCGACAUGUUCUCUGCUGAUCUUCAAUGCGACGUGGCCACUGUCGCGAACUGGACUUCGGGUUGUAGCACACAAAUGUGUGAGUACGAUGAACUCAAUAUGACACUUAGUACUCCUUCGUGUUCCAAGUAUCCAUUUACAAGCUUUGAGAAAAGCUCCUCUUCGGUUGGGGGAUACUAUGCCGACGUAUUCAGCGCCACAUGUACGGAUACAGAUUCAACGAAUAGUCUGAAUCAGAAACGCCUGAUUCUCGCCGCCGCCCACUGGUCUGAGAACAGCACCCAAAUCCAGGCGCUCGUUUGCAGUCCCAUCUACACCAUAUUGCAAGGGUCCGUCUCGCUGCUUUACGGCAAUCAAAGUGUGACUAGCAUCCAACCAUAUAACAACGAUACUAGCAACAGAACAAUUCCAGGGUUCGAGGGUAUGGAGCUAGGAACAGGACUUAUUUCUUCCCUAUCGCUGGCUGAGGACACCUUGGAUACGCUGAACUACGUGGAUACGUCAACGCAUGCUCUAACAACCUAUCAAUACAACCUUUCAGACCCGAACAGCACCUAUCCGAGUGCAUUUUACCUGGUCGCCAAUUUGACCUCUCCCCAUACGAUGAAGGACUUACUGGAUGCAUCAAUCUUGGAAAAGGUUUCCCGUCCGACAUUCAGUGCUAUGGCUGCCCAAAUAGCAAGGCAAUACCUACUGUCUUCUGCAGACGAGAAUUUCGCAGGGACAUACUCCGCCCAUAUACAGAGAGUGGUUGUCAGGGAGCUCUCAGUCCGAAUAAUGGAAGCUACCCUAGCAGUAUUGAUUAUUCUGACUGCAGCGCUAUGGCUCUGGAGACCGGUUCGCUGCACGUCGCGUGAUCCUGGCACAAUUGCUGGGCUAGCAAGCAUAAUGAGCCGCAGCCCCAAAGUGUCUGAACGGCUCACAGGCUGCAAAAACGCGCAAGACCUCACCACCAACCUAUCAGAUGGGAGGUUCUACACCCGUGUCACAGAUAACGAUGGCUGGAGAACUUUUGGCAUCGAGGAAGACCAGAAAGCAACCGAAGCGACUCGCCCUGGAGCCAGCUCUGGCCCACUGACCUGGUGGCGGCCAAUUUCGGUAAAUGUCUGGUGGUGGAUCAUAUCCAUAGUGCUCCCACUUCUCAUUAUCGCUGGCUUAGAGGCAUCCUAUCAGGUAUCUGCCCGUCAGGACGGACUCGGAACUGUCACCUCAGGUGGCUACAUCCACUACGUCUGGGCCUAUUUGCCGGCACUGAUAUUCCUUAUCGUCCGCAUCUUCUUCGACUGCAUCCACUUCUCUGCCAUGGUCUUCCAGCCGUACCUGGAGCUCCGACAGGGUGGCGUGACCGCACCGGGCAGCCUUAUGGAAAAUCACCUGUCUAAGCUGACAUUGUUCUCAUUUUUUACCGCAAUCAAGCGGAAACAGUGGGCCGUGUGCGCAACAGGAUUUACCGUCCUUCUAGCCCCUGCGCUCACAGUGGCGGUCAGUGGGCUGUAUUCAACACAGGACAUUGUAUACACACGCCCUGCUUCCAUUGCGCGAACUGGCACCUUCAACACGACCAUCAGCCCUCUUUCUUCCACCACUACCGACCCUGGCCUCGGCCUCACAGGAGCCCUUGUAGUGGGAGCCAACCUAUCAUACCCCGCUUGGACGUAUGACGAGCUUGUUCUCCCUACCCUCAGUGAGGCAUCCCUCACCGAUAAGGAGGGGGUGGUUCGAACCAAUUCCUCCUCUUUUAACAGCACAUCUGACAGUCCGAUCCUCCUCAACGUCACCCUCCCAGCCCUCCGCGCCAACCUCACCUGCGAUGCACUCCCCCAAGACAUUGUUUAUUCCAUCAGACCAGCCUCGGAUCUUCUCUUCCAUGUUCACCCUCCGCAUGCAGCUCGACAAGAAAUGCCAGGGUGUGGACACCUCGACUGA